UGCCACCGGAAGCACUUCCUUGAACCACUGUAGCAUUGUGGGUAGGCGGAAAAGGCUCCAAAGCUACGCCAAAGCGACCAUCGCACGUUGCAGAGUCGUUCAAGAAAGACACAACAACGACAAAGAAAUCAGCGUCCAAGCCAGAAACAAGGAACACAGUUGAAAGAUGUCCAUCGGUGUACCAAUCAAAGUCCUGCAUGAGGCAGAAGGACACAUUGUGACCUGUGAGACCAACACUGGAGAAGUGUACAGGGGCAAGCUGAUCGAGGCUGAGGACAACAUGAACUGCCAGAUGUCCAAUAUAACAGUGACUUAUCGUGAUGGCCGGGUGGCACAGUUGGAACAAGUCUACAUCCGUGGCAGCAAGAUCCGCUUCCUGAUCUUACCUGACAUGUUAAAGAAUGCUCCUAUGUUAAAGAGUAUGAAGAACAAGAACCAGGGAUCUGGUGCAGGAAGGGGCAAGGCAGCUAUUCUCAAAGCUCAAGUGGCUGCAAGGGGUCGGGGCCGUGGUGGAAUGGGAAGAGGCAAUAUCUUCCAGAAGAGGCGAUAACUGCUCCAGCUGUGUUAACAUUGUUGCAUUGUAUAGUCUUGUUCUUUAAUUUUGUCUUUGGAUUGAAUAUCUUUGGUAUUUUUUUUUUUUUGCAGUCCUGUUUGCAGGUUAUUGCUUUUUACUUUUAUUUUUUAUGAAAAUAAACAUUUUCCAAUUUGA